AUGUUCUUACAAGACCUCCCAUCCGACCUCCUCACCUACCUCAUCCAAACCUCAAUCGACCCAAUCGAUAUCAUCUCUCUUCGAAAAACAUGCAGAGCGCUCUACACCGCAUCCCACUCCCGCACCGUCUGGCGAUCCGCCCUCCAUCGCACAUGCCACACACACCGUCUCUUCGCCCCCACCUUCCCCAUCGACGCCAUGUCAGCACGACACCUCGAAUCAGCCGCACUCUCCCCAUGGCGCUUCUCCGCGCUCAUGGACUCUUCGCCCGCCAACACCCUCUCCCCCGCGCGCACGCGCGUGUUUGAUCCCUAUGGAGGGGCACUCGUGGAUGAGGAUGAAGACGAUUGUUCGGAGAUCGUCCUUGUCCCUGGGGGGAGGUUCCUCUUGACGGAACAUGGCGGGUUGUCGUUGUGGGAUUUAGGUCUGAAUACGGAGGGACCUCGGAAGAUGACGACGACAAUGCCGAUUGCGAAACAUGCUUCUGAAGAUGGGAUGCCUGCACCAGAAUGUAGUGGGCUACGCGUCAUUGUGGCAAAUGGAUCAAUGACCAUCUCGGUAUCUGAGAUUCACCCCGCAGUGCCAAAGCCACAGUUUCAAUUCAUUAGAAGGCUGCGCUUGAAAGCGCCACUUCAUUUACAUGCGAUUUCUGGAGAUCGCGUGGUUUUGCUGGAUGAGGAGAUGCACAUGUACCUGUGGAAUCUCACUUCCAACAUCGCCGUAACAUGGAAAUUGGAAGGCCUAGAUCCAGCAUAUGACACAAUCAUAUUCGGAGACCACCUCCUCAUCCUACGACACACCGCAAUCUCCGUCCUCCUCACCCCAACCACCCCCUGUCCUUCGCCCUGCUCCUCACCUUGCUUCUUGCCCUGCUCAUCGACUUGCCCUUCACCCACCCCAUGCCCCAACGUCGCCGCAACCCUCAUCCAAACCCAACCACCCACGGAAAUAACCCACCCGUUCAACAACCCAAACCCCCGCUGCCCUCCUCCCCUUCUAGCCGCACCCGCAGGCUGGUGGCCUCCCUCUCUAAACCACAUAUACCUAGGCCUCGCAACGCCCGUAGGCCGGAACCUCGCCAUGUCAUUAUACAAACUCGAGAUGGAACAUCUGGGUCUGACGGGCUCCGACGCGAAAGAGCCUUUUAGGUUCGCGAUGCAUAUGGAGAAGGCGUAUUCAGGUGCUAAUGGCUCAAGUGCGGGGAGGAGGGCGCCGUUUAAUGCGAGGGUUGUGUUGCCGCCUAUGACGAUUUGUCAUGGGCAGUUGAGUCAGUCGUGGGCGUUGAGUGGGGAGGUUUUGACUAGCUUGAUGAGGAUGGAGGGGGAGGAGGAGGAGGAGCAGGAGGAUUAUGAUGAUGUGUGGAGUGACGAGGCUAGUGAGGAAGGAAGUGAAGUGGGGAGUGAAGGGGGCCAGGGGGAGCAAUGUUCGGCUGUUACGAAGUCGUUGUAUACGUAUGGGUUGCAGGACAGGGUGUUGUAUGAUUUUUGUCCUGCUUCUGGGAGGUUGGUGGUGGCUACGCGCGGGGAGAUACGCGUGUUAGAUUUUUUGGUGCCGGUUCCUGACUUAGUACCAUCUCCAGGAUGGGAUAAAAAUAGAUUGCCACUUAGAGACUCGGAAUCGGGCGAGGAGGCCAUCACUGACGUCCAAAGUUGGUCCAAAGAGGCGUUUGAGAGGAUCUCAGUCUCAUCCUUGUCCGGUCCAGUGCUUGUCUGGUCACCAUCAAGCACCCUAGAAUUUUUAUUUGGAUACUCAAACCAGAGAAUGUGGCUAGCACUAGUUUCAACUUUCAACGAUGGUACAGACUCAUGGCCUAGUCUCAUUCUGCCAGGUUUCCUCUUGAACCUGCCAGAAGAAAUUCAGAAGUGGUCAAAGGCCCAACAAAGGCCACAAGAAGGCCACAAUGCCGUCACAGACCAUAUUUCAAAUACUAGAGCUCAGCACCAACUCACCCAGUGA